AUGAGUGCAGUGUUGAAACUGGAUAACAGAAUGGUGGGUUGCACCCACUGCAAACCCCUGAACAAGCAGGCCUGGAGACAAAGCUUCAGCAUCCAACUGGAGCAGUCUCGGGAGCUGGGGAUUGGGCUCUUCUGGCAAAAAUGGAGGGCGACGUAUACAGUCAAGUACCUGCGCCUGGAAGAGUUCCUGGACAACCAACAACAUUUUCUGUGUUUGUGCCUGGAGCCCCAGGGGAAGAACUUCCUACGUGUUGCCCAGAUGAACAGGAACUUUGCCACAUGGGGCCAUCUGAUGAUGAGUGUCCUGCCUCAAUGCAGUUCCUUCACCACUUUGAGUCUGUUUACUUCCUCUGAUGUUGUGGUCAACCCGCCACUUUCCACCAAUAAGGCCACUCUCAACCCCCUUUCUGCCAGGUCCUCCAUUGAAAACUACACAACAGAGAGAGCAAGGAUGCAGAUGAAAGAUUUCAAAUGUAUCUCUGUCCUGGGAAGGGGACACUUUGGAAAGGUACUUCUAGCUGACUUUAAGAAGACAGGAAAACUCUAUGUCUUCAAAGCCUUGAAGAAGAGGGACAUUGUGACCUAUGAUGAAGAAGACAGCCUUAUGUGUGAGAGGAGGAUCUUCGAGAUAAUCAACGCGUCGAGGCACCCUUUUCUGGUCAACCUCCACGGCUGCUUCCAGACCAGUGAGCAUGUAUGUUUUGUCAUGGAGUACUCACCAGGGGGUGACCUCAUGAUCCAUAUCCAUAAUAACGCCUUCUCUGAGGUGCAAACCAGGUUCUACUCAGCCUGUGUUUUGCUGGGUCUAGAGUUCCUGCAUCUGAAUAAGAUAGUUUAUCGGAAUUUGAAGUUGGACAACUUGCUGAUAGACGCAGACGGAUUUGUUAAAAUCACAGACUUUGGACUUUGUAAAGAAGGGAUGGGGCAUGGCGACCGGAGGUCAACAUUCUGUGGAACUCCAGAGUUCCUGGCGCCUGAGGUGCUUACUGAAGAUAACUACACACGAAUGCACUCCCUAAAACACAGACAGACUAAACACCUCUCCCCUGAGCAGCAGGAUGCUUUCACAGACUGA